UCCAUUAUUGUAGUAUGUCUAAUGUUGUACAGAGUAACUGGAUAAACAGCAUGGAUCCACUGGAUUUUCUAACUCAUGAGGAGUUGAUCAGUUUUUUACACUACAAGAAGACAGAGAUCUCCUGCAUGGAGGAACCACACACCUUCCUCACCCAGCUCCGAGACCACAACCUGGUCCCUGAGGAUCUCUACCAGAAGGUAAUAAAGAUGAGAAGUGAGGAGAGAAGGCAGAAUGGUGUGUAUGAGAUUUUGGACUGGCUGGAGAAUGAACAAGGACAGAGAGUGAAACAGUUUUGGAGUUGUGUGUUUCAGGAUCACAUCCUGCAGAAAUAUCCCAAUCUCCGCUUGCUCCGAAACAGCCUCCUUGAUGAUUCCUUUAGGAACUAUGAAAAGCUUCCCAGUGCAGAGAAACCAAGCAGGAGUAAGGAAGUUGAGAGAAAGGAAAAGAAGCAAGAGCAAAAGAAGGGUGCAACAAAGAGAAAGAAAAGUGGUGAAGAGACAGAUGAAGAGGAACCAGGCCCUUCCUCUGCGUCCAGCCAGAAGAAACCAGCCAUGAAGCCCACUUUGUCCCUACCGUUAAAGAGUGGAGUGCUUGCUGUUACCUGUGGAGAUAAAGAAGGCAGAUUGUAUCCCGACAAGCUUGCUAAAGGAGGCAAGUGUAUUUUGUCCCAGGACCUCUGGUUCACUCCAUGUGACUUUGAGAGAUUUUCAGGAAGGGGAAAUAGCAGGAACUGGAAAGUUACCAUCCGCUGCCAAAACACAACACUGCAGAAGCUCAUAAAGGAGGGUUAUUUGCAGUGUCCACACACUUACAGAAGCUAUGAUCAGAAGAGAAAGACAGUUUCUUUUAGCUGUGUGGAAAGCUCCAGCCCUCAGUCAGUAUCCAGUGUAGAGACAGAUGAAUCCAGUGAAGAACAUGAAGAGUGGAUAGAAGAAGAGGACAGGGAAGAGGAAGAAGAGGAAGAAGAGGAAGAAGAAGAGGAAGAAGACAGCGAGACUGAAUUUCAGGCUUUUGCUUUACCGGUCAGCUGUGGUUCUGUCAGUGGGUUUUUAUAUAAAAGCAGAUUUGCAGGGUCACGCAGUAAGAGCAUCCGCACAGAGGAGCGCUGGUUCACUCCUGAGGAGUUCGUAAGGCAGGAGUUAACUCUGACAGACGGACACUGGAAGAAAGACAUACUGUGUCACGGCAAAACCCUUAACUACCUGGUGAAGAAGAAGAUCCUGCGUAGCCAUUCACUGGUGUGCCCCUGUCGUCUAUGCUGUCCCAACACUAAGGAUCAGGAUAAUGAUGAUGUGUGCUACAUUUGUGACUCUGUGGGAAAUCUGGUGUGUUGUGACCACUGUCCACGAGCUUUUCACCAUCGCUGCCACUUACCAACUCUACAGGAAGACAACCUUGGGGAUAAUUGGAUGUGUACUUUCUGUGUGUUAAAGACUAACCAGAGUUUGUGGAUUCACAUGAGCAGGGAAGGUGCUUUGAGCAGUCCUGUUUCUGGAAACAUCAUGCGCUGUCAGUAUUUGCUGUUGCGUUUGUAUAAGGCGGAUAAACAGCGUGUGUUUACUGAUGAUCCUACCAAAAGUGUGCCGAGAUACAGCAGUGUGAUCCCCAAGCCCAUGUGGCUAAACAGAGUGAAGACCAAACUGCAGAAAGACAAGUACAGAAAAGUGGGACAGUUUGUGCAUGACAUCAAACUCAUCUUCAAGAACUGCCAUACUUUUAACAGGGAUAAUAAGUAUGGCAUGAUGGGAACCAUAAUGGAAAAGAAGUUUGAGAAGGAGUUUAACACCGUCUUUAAUAUCCAGUAGCAUUUCUGUAUCUUACUGGAACGUUUAUCAUCAAAAGUCAUAUAUUACAUUUUAAUAUAUAAUAUGAAAUUUUUCUUGGACAGAAUUGUUUUACUCUGACAGCAUCUGACUAUUUAAGUGAACUUGUUAUCUUCUGUAAUCCUCCUCCUUGUUUAUUAGUGUUUUAAGAUACAGGUCUUUAUAUUAUGGAACAAUUAUUAUUUGAACCUCAGAUACUUCAAUUUUAAAAUCCAGAAUAAAACUUA